GUUGAUUCGGUUGCCCUAGUAGCUAUCUGUCCAGAUGGAUAAAUAGUAGUAUUAGUAUCUAGCUGGAAGUCCCGGCUAAGCCGCCGUGCGGAGUAGCCAUCAUGCGCUUCUCCAAAGAUAGUUCCGACUCCUCCGUACCUCCCAUCUCUACUUUGCUUAGGCUGUGGUUACAGCUACAUAAAGGUAAUAACAAUGGCUGUCUUCAGGAUAUAGGAGCAUGUGCAUUAGAUACUAUAUCCGCGCAAAUGAUCAUAAAAUUAUCAAUAAAAUAUUGCCAGCGCGACAGCAGUCGAUACUGGCGGGUCAUUAUCACGCCCUGCUGGAAGGUCUUCACUCCUCUGCAGCAGCAUCGGCUUCGGCUUCCUUAGGUACAUCGCCAGCCUUAGCCUUGCUAGCAGCGGCGGCAGGGGCACUGGUCUUUGCUGUCUCUUCAGGAGCUUCCUCGGCGUCUUCCUCGCCUUCCGGUGCUUCCUCCUCUUCCUCAUCAACGCCGUUCUCAUCUUCACCGUUUUCAGCUUCGCCAUUUUCCUUGCCCUCUUCUUCUUCUUCCUCUUGUUCGGGCACCGGAGCUGUCUUUCGCUUCUUGGAAGCCGGAGGAGCUGCUAGGAGGAGACUUGUUCCUCUGGUUCCUCUUCGCCCUCCUCUUCUUCUUCAAGCUCCUCUUCUUCGCUUCCCUCUUCCUCUCCUUCCUCGCUCUCGGCUACUUCGGAGUCCUCAUAUCUGUAGUAGUAUCACAUCAGCCAUUGUAUCGAUUAAAUGUAAAGGUAAAUGGUGAAUGAGGUUCAGCUGGUUGGUGCAGGCAAGCAGAGGAUAGCGCGACUGAAUGCCACCAAUAAGCACCAAUGAGUGAUGCGCGCAGAGAGGGCACCCAAGAGUGAAAUGACAGCAAAGCAGAUAGCUGAACCAGCAGAGGGUGAUGAAAAGAAUGCGCCCAGGUUCGCGAACAACCUGGCAACAGGCAAUGCAGUAAGCGACUUACUCUUCUUCUUCCUCGCUCUCGUCGCUAGGGAGCGCUUGGAGCUCUUCCUCUUCCUCAGCCUCUUGCUUUC